AUGCCUCCCAAAAGGCGCGCCUCGACGAGGCUACAAGAUUCCGCUGCCGCCAACGGCACGAGCAGGAAACGCGCGGCUACCGAGAAGACGGCUCCUCGCCGAUCUCCCAAAGACAAGAAGAAGAACAGCCCUACUUCUGCAUCGACCCGCAAAACGUCGCUUGUUGACCUCCCCGAUGAGUUGCUCUUGAUGGUUUUCCAGCAUUUUCGCCUGGCGGGUUUCCUCUAUGGCCCUCUUGAAGAACAGGUCUUUUGGUACGAGGACAGGCUAGUCCUGUUCCAACAGCGCUGCGAUGUUUUGCGAAAUAUCUGCCAUUCCUGCAAGAGUCUGUGUCGCGUUGCCCAGCCGUUGUUGUACGAGGUCAUCAAUUGCUUGAACCACCCCUUCCGGCGAUUCGACUUCCUACGUACCCUGAUCCGCCGGAAGGACCUCGCCGCAGCUGUGAAGGAGGUCCACCUCAGACACGAGUUUGAAGACCCGAAGAAGAAAAUGGCCGCACAGUAUCCGGAAAUCUUAGAGGCUGCAGCCGACGUCGAGAUCGAGAUGAGCCGGUCAUUCGUCGGAGCAUUACGCACAGGUCGAUGCGAGGCGCAGAUCGCCCUGGCCCUGAGUCUGAUGCCGAAUCUAAGCUACUUGAACGUCUGUCUGGACGAGAGGUUUGUCGAGGACUACAACUGGAUGUUUCGGUUGCUGCGCCAGAGCUCCUUCAACAUGUUGCAGCACGGGCCUGUUGGUCCCUUCGCAAACAUCAAGACACUCGAGACGAGCUACGGUGGCAUGGAUUAUGGAUACAACCCCGUCUUCAUAUCCGACUUCGUUACCCUGCCAAAUCUCCGCGAGAUCAUGGUCAGAUCGGCCUGGUCCGGCGAGAGCGCAUGCGGCAUCAACUGGCACCCCAAAGAGAACAGCUCCAACAUCACGACCAUCAACCUCGACGCCUCAUCCGUCACUAAUGAAUUCAUUCACAAGCUGCUCAUCGCCUGCAAGGCGCCCAAGACCUUCAUAUACAGCUGGGGCGGUCCGCCGCCCGUCGACUCCAUGCACGAGUUCCCAGACUUUAUGCGCGCGCUGCGCGUCCGGAAAGAUACGCUCGAAACGAUUCGCCUGGACGUCGUGCUCAAGGCCAACUACUUCGAGUCGCUCGCUAUCGAUAACGAGUACCUGCCGCCCAUCGGCUCCUUCAAGGACUUUUCUCGCCUUACCGAGCUCGAGGUUCCGGGCCACCUGUUGCUCGGCUCGCCGCUGCUCGAUUGGCAAAACUUCGACGGCCAGCAUUGGCCCUCCUUCAUCACCGAUCUCGACUAUACCACUCUCACCGACGUCUUUCCCUCUAGCUUGGAACGUUUGACGAUCGAUUGCAUGGGCUUGGAGGAAGAUGUCACGUUCCUCCUUCCUUUUCUGGAUGAGUUCACCCAGCAUUGUGCGGAGAGGCUGCCAAAUCUCAAGUUCGUAAAAUUGGUCGUUGUCGAUGAAGACGAUUUUCCUUUGUUACAAAAGGUGAAGAGGGCUUUGCAAGCGCAUGGCAUUGAGGUGUUAGUGAAGGAUUUCAUUGACGAGGAGGGCUGGGAGGACGAUAUGGAGGUGCGGUACGGUGCUGACGGAAGGAAGAAGAUCACGUCGAGGCUAAUUGGGGAUAUUUUGCACACUUGGCCGCACGCGGCAGCACAAACCGACUGA